UUGAAGCUAUUCUUUGAUUCUUUCACUUAUAAUUCUCUGACCUAGAGAGAGAGAGAGAGAGAGAGAGAGAGAGAGAUGGGAAUAUCGGACAAUGCGAAGGGGCUGAUACUAGCGGUGGCGUCGAGUGUGUUCAUUGGGACGAGCUUCAUCUUGAAGAAGAAAGGUCUUAAACGAGCUGGUUCCACUGGUACUCGUGCAGGAGUAGGAGGUUAUACUUAUUUGCUAGAGCCACUUUGGUGGGCAGGCAUGGUGACAAUGAUCGUUGGAGAGGUUGCAAACUUUGUGGCUUAUGUCUAUGCUCCAGCAGUUCUAGUAACCCCACUUGGUGCACUGAGUAUAAUUAUCAGUGCUGUUUUGGCUCACUUCUUGUUGAAGGAACGCCUGCAGAAGAUGGGUGUUGUAGGAUGUGUAUCCUGCAUUGUGGGAUCAGUUAUAAUUGUAAUCCAUGCACCUCAGGAGCACACUCCAAGUUCUGUACAAGAAAUCUGGAUCUUGGCGACACAACCAGCCUUUCUAAUAUAUGUUGUAGCUUCACUUUCAAUAGUGCUGGCCUUUAUUUUGCACUUUGAACCUCGCUGUGGGCAGACAAAUAUACUAAUCUACUUGGGAAUUUGUUCUUUAAUGGGUUCACUUACGGUUGUAAGCAUAAAGGCCAUUGGAAUUGCAAUUAAGCUUACAUUGGAGGGAGUAAGUCAAAUGGCUUAUCCUCAGACUUGGUUUUUUUUCACUGUAGCGCUCAUCUGCGUCAUUACACAAUUAAAUUACCUGAACAAGGCAUUGGACACAUUCGAUGCAGCAAUUGUUUCUCCAGUAUAUUAUGUAAUGUUCACAACUCUGACUAUCAUUGCUAGUGCCAUAAUGUUCAAGGAUUGGUCAGGUCAGACUGUCAGCAGCAUUGCCUCUGAGAUAUGUGGAUUCAUCACUGUGCUUUCAGGAACAAUCAUACUUCAUGCGACCAGAGAACAGGAGCCACGUCCUGCUCUAGGGACUGUAACGUGGUACGUUAGUGGGGAUUCAGUGAAGAGUUUUGAAGAUGAACAUUUGAUCACCAUACGUAAUUCAGAAGGUCUUGAACAAUGAGUUUUUCUUGCAAGAGAAAUUAUCCACUGGCCAUGGCGCGAAGUAACCUGCAACUUGUUAAGAUAUUGCUUGUGCAGAAUGAUGAGCUCCUUAUUUUCUCUAGACAAACCUUGGGAUAUCAAUAGUUGGUUGCAACAUAUCUUCCCUUGUUCAUGAGAAGCCAGGGGACAAGGUCCUUGGAACGCCUGAAUCUAUGGUUGAUGCGCUAUAGUUUUUUCACUCAAAAUGGUGGUUGGAGCUGUAUCAGCAUUCAGCAGGAAGUGGAGAUACCGAAAAUGAGCUGAUGGCAGGUUUCAUCAUCUAUAAUAAACAGUUCAGGAUUUUUUGCUGUACAUAUUGAUGGUUCAGUUGAGGGUUUAUAUCGUUCGAUUCUUUUUUCACUUUUGAGUUUGUUUAAUUUAGUGUUUUUUACUUGAUCAAUUUUCAGCAUAAAGUUCCGUGAUCAUUAAUUAAUAGUAACAUAGUUAAAAGAUCGAAUACAUGCCAAUUGAAUUGGCAAAACCAACUGGAUGAGCUUGUUUGGAUUAAACAUCAUGUUGUGGUUUGAACUUUAAAGCUGCGGAGUAGCAAUAAUUAUAGAUAUAAUAUACAUGCAUCGUUACUUUUACAACAUAUGGAUCACAUGAUUUUCUGUUGGAUCCACAGACUAA